UUUUUGCGGAGCUUGCAUAAAAGUGAUGCGGCAUUACAAAGAUGGCGGCGACCAUAAACUCGAAUAAUGAGGUCCAGUGAACCUGAAUACGAGGAUACACCCGAGCUCUCUGAAUACGCCCGCCAGGCGCUUCAAGAGUUCCUUAGAGAAAGAUCGGAGCGGCAAAAUCCAGCCGUUAUUGAAGAAAAUUGGCAACUAAGCCAAUUCUGGUACAGCGAUGAAACGGCGCUGGCAUUGGCGAAAGAAGUAUCACGGGCAGCAGAAGACGGGAAGAUUGUCUGCAUAUCUUGUCCAACUCUCUACCGGAAACUGAAGGAGCUGGAGUGUCACAAUGAAGUCGUCCUGUUGGAAUUUGACAAGAGGUUCGAGUGCUAUGGUGAUGAGUUCAUCUUUUAUGACUACAAUGAUCCCUUGGGAUUUAAGGAACGCUGGAAGGGCACAUGCGAUGUGGUCAUGCUUGAUCCUCCUUUUUUGUCCGAAGAGUGCCUCACAAAGGUAUCCCAAACGGUCAAAUUUCUCAACCCCAAGUACAUCAUCUUAUGCACAGGUGCCGUCAUGGAACCGUACGCUCAAAGCCUUCUGGACCUUCGUCCGUGCAAGUUUAAGCCAACACACACAAGAAAGCUGGGCAAUGAAUUCAAAUGCUUUGCAAACUAUAACAUGGACGAAUUCUGCAGCUGAGAAUUGCUCUCAUACAAAAAAUAAAUAUGCAAGCAAUUAAGAGUCCCCAGUCA